UUUAAGAUAAAUAUUAAUAGUAUUUCAGGCAGAGAUGUCUGGAAUUGCGGACUGCGGAUUUCGCAAAUUGCGUGGUUUCUUUGACUUGCGUACGGAUUUUGGCUGCGGAUUUUAAAAUAAAAAUUGCGGUCUGCGGCUGCGAAAUUUUUUUUCAUUAGCGGACACCCCUAUUCUUAGGAUGAAUUUAUAUUUCUUCCCCUAUUUUUAGUUAAAUAUAUUUUAUUCUAAUAAGAAAAAAUGUUUUUAUUAAUAUUAUUAUUAAUAACAAUAUCUUCUCUGUUCUUAUUUUUGACUGCAAAAAGGAAAAGUAAUUAUUGGAAGAAUAGAGGAAUUCCAGGACCAGAACCUGUUCCUAUAAAAGGAAAUAUAGAUUUAAUUUUUGGAAAGAAAAAUCCUCUUUUAUUGCAAUUAUUUAAUUGGAGUAAAAAAUAUGGAAGAAUUUAUGGAAUUAAACAUGGAUGGCUUAAUGUUUUAGUUGUUAGUGAACCAAAAUUGGUUAAAGAAUUACUUAUUGAAAAAUUUGAAUAUUUUCAUGGAAGAUUUCUUUGCCCUAUUGUUGGUGAUGUAGAUACAAAUAAAUUUAUUCAUCUAUUUUUCGCAAAAGCAAAGCGAUGGAAACGACUUCGUUCUAUUGCUAAUCCAGCAUUUUCAAUUUCUAAUUUGAAAAGAAUAAUGCCAAUAAUCGAGGAUUCUAUUAAAAUAAAUAUUAAUUUAUUAAAAGAAGCAGAAUCAUCAGGAAAAUGUGUUGAUCUACAUGAGUGA